AUGUUGGCCAAGACUCAAUACUCCGCUGGUCCCUUGGGGGUUCCGACACCAGUGACGGCUUAUCACACGACCACCCCCCGACCCGCGACAGCGACAAAAGUGGAUGGAAUUGGGUUUACAAGCCCAACCAAGUCGGAAUUCUCCGAUGGACAUGAUGAGCUCGCGGCCAUUCGAGCCUGGGAUGAGAAGAAGGUUGUGGCUUGGCUUCGAAGCAUUCACUGCGGCCAAUACGAGUCCUUUUUCAGAGGUAUUUUUUGCCCUAUAACCGUUACCGAAUGGAUGAAACCUAACGCCAUAUUAGCCAACAACUUUAACGGUGACAAUCUCAUCGACUGUGACCAAAAGAUAUUGCAAGAAAUGGGCAUUAAGAAAGUCGGUGAUCGGGUGCGCAUCUUUAUCGCGAUCAAACAACUUCGGAGCAAGGCUACAUUGAACCCAAGGCAAAAGAAUAUUAACAAGUUAGCUGCCAUGGAGGCUGCCGCCUUAUCCUCCGAACCCUCGCGCUUCUCAGGUUUCCCAAAUCUUGGCAAUGGACGCAUGUCUCAAUUGGCAGAGGAGUUCGGCAAGCCAUCCCCUGGAACACCUGGUGACUCUGACCGCUGGCGUAAGGAUUAUCUGAACCAGCCAUCGUCGGGAGGCUCGGGUAAUGGUCGAAGUUCCAGUGCUGCCACCGACGGCUCGAGAAGCUCACACCCCCGUAACCCUAGUCUUGACGGAUUGACCAUGGGUCCACUCCCACCCAAUUCGCCAGUGAUCCGCGUGAUCUACACUGGUGGGCAGACCAAGGUUCUUGAUAUUCGACACUGCAGAACACCAGAUGAGGUGAUGGUUGGCGUUUUAAAGAAGCUACAGCUUCCAGAGCACCAGUACAGAAACUACUGUUUCUAUGUUCUGGAUGGUUUAGACCCGGAUCUGGCCAACUGCAGACGUUUGACCGAGAGUGAGCUGAUGGAAAUCUGCGAAGGCGUCAGCAAGUCUGAACGUGGUCGUUUAAUUUUGCGGAAGAUUCACGCUGGAGAGCCAGAUGGCGAUGAACUUCGUCGGGCGUCACAGCUGGCUGUGGACGAAAGUUCUGUUACACAUCAAAUUGCCCUGAACAGAUCCAAUCGUCGUAAUCAACAUAAGAUUCAACAACUCACAGGGGAAUCCUGGCAGGUCAUCAAUACCAAGCAACCAGUCUCUCCACAAGGGCCCCACAGUCGCUCCACCCCCUCUAUUGAGCUGGAACAGAUGUCGCCCAAUGACCAGCGCAACCCGGUUGCAAAGCUUCGCUCAUUCUUCGGCCAAAGACCUCCAAGUGAGAUGAUCAUUCACGAGCUUCCAUCAUUCUUCCCUAGUCAUGACCGGCAAGACAUUGAGAAGACAAUGCGCAGAUCGCAACGUCUCAGUCGUGCUGCAAGUCGCCUCAGUGUUGUCAGCAACUACAGUGUUGCCUCAAGUCUCAGGGAUGCGCCUCCACUUCCACCAUUGCCUUCUAUUCCUCCCAUACCCCCAAUGCCCAACAUUGCCGACGCCUGGCUCCAGCACCAAGGUGGAGCGCCGGCAGCACGUGCCCGUCCAAUUUCUAUCACCAAAUUCAACCUGCCUCAAGCCUCAUAUCGUGACUCAAUUGCAUCAAGCACUCUCCAGCCGCUUCAAGAAGAAUCUCCAACUACAACAGAGCCGAACCGCAAAUCUUAUGUCUCACUGGAUAGUGGCUCGGAUGAGCCAAAUCCAUCUCGGCAGAGUGUGAUGGAGGAAAGGAUGAGUGUUGCUGCGACUGACGGUGGUUCUUCAAAUGACCGAAUGAGUGUUAUUGUGCCCGAUGAUGAAGAGGAGGAGGAGGAAGAGGAAGAGGAGGAAGAAGACCCUGGAAUGGACGACUUCUUGGCAGGCAAUCACUUCGCACCGUCGAACUGGAUGAAGGGUUCUUUGAUCGGCGAGGGUUCCUUUGGAAGCGUUUUCCUUGCUCUGCACUCUAUUACUGGAGAGCUUAUGGCUGUGAAGCAGGUUGAAGUUCCUUCCGGCCCUAAGGGCACAGAACUCGAUCAACGCAAGAACCUUAUGGUCAACGCUCUCAAACAUGAGAUUGAACUUUUACAAGGAAUGCACCACCCGAACAUUGUGCAAUAUCUCGGCACAGGUGCCGAUGAAGAGCACCUCAACAUUUUCCUUGAGUAUGUGCCGGGUGGUUCGAUUGCAACUAUGCUUAAACAGUACAAUACUUUCCAGGAGCCGCUGGUCAAGAACUUUGUUCGGCAGAUUCUGGCAGGUCUCUCCUACCUGCACAGCAAGGAUAUCAUUCACCGUGAUAUCAAGGGUGCCAAUAUCCUUGUCGACAAUAAGGGUGGAGUCAAAAUCUCUGAUUUCGGUAUCUCUAAGCGUGUCGAGGCCUCCCAUGUCCUCGGAUCCCGAGCUAGCCACGGUGGUGGCGGUCACCUCAACCGACCUUCCCUGCAGGGUAGUGUGUAUUGGAUGGCACCUGAAGUCGUCCGCCAGACGGCCCACACUAAGAAGGCCGAUAUUUGGAGUUUGGGUUGCCUGGUUGUCGAGAUGUUUAUCGGCGCUCACCCCUUCCCUGAUUGCAGUCAGCUCCAAGCCAUUUUCGCUAUCGGUAGCAACCAGGCUCGGCCGCCCGCUCCGGACCAUGUUAGCCAGGAGGCAGUUGAAUUCCUGGAUAUGACCUUCCAGGUUGAUUAUCAGCUACGACCUAGCGCAGAUGAGUUACUGAAGUGCAAGUUUUUGGCCAUGCCAAAACUGGGGUAA